AUGUCGGAUUAUGACAAAUAUGCGGAACAGUUGCGGCAUCCCGAUAAUCCCAUAGUUUUCAUGGAAAUGACCGCAGGAGGUGCUCCGCUUGGAACGAUAGUGAUGGAGUUAUUCGCCGAUGUCACUCCCAGAACUGCCGAAAAUUUCCGUCAGUUUUGUACGGGGGAGUUCCGUAAGGAUGGUGUGCCAGUUGGAUACAAGAACAGUCAGUUUCAUCGCGUAAUCAAGGAUUUUAUGAUACAAGGAGGUGAUUUUGUCAAUGUA